AUGCGCCCGAAAGACUGCGGGCAGAGCUGCGCUGGGGACCGGCCGGGCCCAGGAACCGGGGAUCCGGCAGCAGCCAGCCCCGCACUGCCGCCGGCAGCCAGUCCCACUCCCGAGCCCUCCGCCGAGCCUGAAGCGGCGGCUGGACAAGGAGCAGGAUCUGGAUCCCCAUCCGUCUCGGGACCCCCAGCCGGAGUUCGCUUGGCCUCCGAGGCUGGAUCGGAGGCAGGAUCCCAGGGCGCAUCUGCAUUCUCGGCCGUCCAGGGGAAUGCCCAGUCCGUGCCCGGCGACUCGGAUGUGCCAUGGACCCACUUCAUAUUUCAAGGGCCCUUUGGUCCCCGGGCCACUGGCCUGGGGACUGGAAAGGCGGCGGACAUCUGGAAGACGCCAGCUGCCUACAUCGGCCGGCGGCCGGGGGUGUCGGGCCCCGAGCGUGCCGCCUUUAUUCGGGAGCUAGAGGAAGUGCUGUGUCCUGACCGGCCCCCGCCACGCAAGAAGAUCAGCCAAGAAGAUGUGCAAGUGAUGUUAAAUCUGCUCGAGGAGAGAGAGCGGGACCUGAAUACGGCAGCUCGCAUCGGCCAGUCCCUGGUGAAGCAGAACAGUGUUCUGAUGGAGGAGAACAGCAAGCUGGAAGCCAUGCUGGGCUCAGCCAGGGAGGAGAUUUUACACCUCAGACACCAGGUGAGCUUGCGGGAUGACCUCCUUCAGCUCUACUCAGACUCUGAUGAUGAGGAGGAAGAGGAGGAGGAGGAGGAGGAAGAAGAAGAAGAGGAGGGGGAGGAAGAGGAGGAGGAAGAGGAAGAGCAGCAGGGUGAUCUUCCUUAUGAAGACCCCGAGCCGUCACCUCUGACGGAGUCGGAGUCGCUGCACCACUGCCCACAGCUGGAAGCCCUGCAGGAGCAGCUGAGGCUGCUGGAGGAGGAGAAUGACCAGCUGAGAGAGGAGGCCUCUCAGCUCGAUGCCCUUGAGGAGGAGGAGCAGAUGCUCAUUCUGGAUUGUGUGGAGCAGUUUUCGGAGGCCAGCCAGCAGAUGGCUGAGCUGUCGGAGGUGCUGGCAAUCAGGAUGGAGAACCAUGACCAGCAGCAGAGGGAGGUCAGCCAGCUGCGGGCGCAGGUCGUGAAGCUGCAGCAACGCUGCCAGCUGUAUGGGGCUGAGACUGAGAAGCUGCAGCGGCAACUGGCUUCGGAGAAGGAAAUCCAGAUGCAGCUCCAGGAUGAGCUGCAGGACCUGCGGGAGAAGUACACGGAGUGUGGGGGCAUGCUGAUUGAGGCCCGGGAGGAGGUGAAGACCCUCCGCCAGCAAGCCCCGGUGUCCACUGGCUCUGUCACCCACUAUACAUACACUGUGCCUCUGGAGGCGCUUCCUGGUUUCCAGGAGACCCUGGCUGAGGAGCUCAGAACAUCUAUCAGGAGGAUUAUCUCAGACCCUGUGUUUUUUAUGGAAAGGAAUUAUGAAACAACCACAGAGGAGACGUCUGACCUGGGAUACGAGCUACGCUACAGUGAGGCACAAGAGCAGGAACAGGGGUUCGAGGCUGAGGAGGGUUUGAUGCCGGCAGAGGAUUUUGUGCCGGCGGAAAAUUUCAUGCCUGCGGAAGACUUGAUGCCUGAGGAGGAGCUGGGGACAGCAGAGGAGGUGGUGCCAGCUGAGGAGGAGGUGACGGAAGAGGCAGAGCUUGUGUCAGAGGAGGCCGAGGCCUGGGAAGAGGUGGAGCCAGAGCUGGAUGAGACAACGCAGACGAAUGUGGUGACUUCAGCCCUGGAGGCCAGCAGCUUGGGCCCCUCGCACCUGGACAUGAAGUAUGUCCUCCAGCAACUGGCCAGCUGGCAGGAUGCCCAUUAUAGGCAGCAGCUGAGGCAGAAGAUGCUCCAGAAAGGUGAGUGCUCCCGUGGGGGCCUCCCUCGGGCCAGCCGGACAAGCUGCAGAUCGUCAAGCCAAUGAAAGGUGAGGGUAGGUGAGCCCCUCAAGUGCUCACUUACCCCAGUCUGGCCCCACCCAGUGUGCUGAUUUGCAUGGACUUUGCAUAUCAUUUGCAUAGGCACCUCAGGUCCCCCUGAGCAGGAACUGUGACUCCAGUGCUCAUUUACAUGGAAUUUGCAUAGGAUUCCAGCUUC